GGCUGGCGAGCGCGGGGAGGGGGCCGAGAGGGCGGCAAAGCCGGCGCGCGCCCGGCUUGGGGCGGAGGGCGGGGGCCCGGGGGCCGGAACAGCUGCGGCGAGUGGCGGCGGCGGCGGCGGAGGCAGCGGCGGCGGCGAGCGGGGGUCCGCGCGGCGGCGGCGGCGGCGGCGGCGGGCCGAGGAGCCGGGCGCGAUGGAGCGGAAGAGCCCCAGCGGGAAGAAGUUCCGGAGCAAACCGCAGCUGGCACGCUACCUGGGGGGCUCCAUGGACCUGAGCACCUUUGACUUCCGCACGGGGAAGAUGCUAAUGAGCAAAGUGAACAAGAGCCGGCAGCGCGUGCGCUAUGACUCCUCCAACCAACUCAAGGGCAAGCCCGACCUAAACACGGCGCUGCCCGUCCGGCAGACGGCGUCCAUCUUCAAGCAGCCGGUGACCAAGAUCACCAACCAUCCCAGCAACAAGGUGAAGAGCGACCCCCAGAAAGCCGUGGAGCAGCCUCGGCAGCUCUUCUGGGAGAAGAAGCUGAGUGGCCUCAACGCCUUUGACAUCGCCGAGGAGCUGGUGCAGACCAUGGACCUCCCCAAGGGCCUGCAGGGGGUGGGCCCGGGCUGCACGGACGAGACGCUGCUGUCGGCCAUCGCCAGCGCCCUGCACACCAGCACGGCGCCCAUCACCGGGCAGCUGUCGGCCGCCGUGGAGAAGAACCCGGGCGUGUGGCUGAACACGGCGCAGCCGCUCUGCAAGGCCUUCAUGGUGACCGACGAGGACAUCCGGAAGCAGGAGGAGCUGGUGCAGCAGGUGCGGAAGCGCCUGGAGGAGGCGCUCAUGGCCGACAUGCUUGCGCACGUGCAGGAGCUGGCGCGUGACGGGGACGCGCCCCUCGGCCAGGCGCCCGCCGACGAGGACGACGACGACGAGGACGACGACGACGACGAGCCCGACCAGGACCCGGACCUGGAGCGUGUCUAGAGCCGGGUGACCGCGGGCGCCUGGGACCUGUCCCCGCGGGCGCCCGCCCCGACGCCCCCUCGGCCGCGUCUCCGCCCGGCCCCGCGGCUUGCCCUGGACUCCUUGGGGGUCGCCCGCAGAGGCCGAGGAACAGUUGCACCUGGGUUGGGUACGAGCGGCCCCCGGGCCCGGCGCCCCCGCCUGCGCCCCCGUCCACCGAGGGCCUCCCCCCGGGCCUGCGUGGACAGCAGCUCAGCCCGGGGCUCUGGAAGCUUCGAUGGCGAUGGGGCAGGUGACCGUCUCAGAGCCGCACCUGCCCGUGGUCGCUGGUUCCCUGGGGCGCCAGGGGGCUGCCCACCUCGCGCUGGGGGUCUGUGGCACUGAGGCAGCGGGGAAGGGGCCUCUGCACGCCGCACCCCUGGCAGGCUCUGCCCCCCACCCCCACCCCUGCACGACCGGACAUUCGGCCCUGCGCCCAGGGCUGUUGGGAAGGUGCUGGGGGGCUUUGGUGCCCCCCCCACCCCAAUCCCGUCCCGCCCCCAAGUCCUGUCCAAGCACAAAUUCACGAAGGCCACCACGUGUGGCCCCAGUGCCCAGCUGGUGCUGGAGCCCUCGGGGGGACCCUGCUCAGCAGAGAAUAAAGCCAUCUGGGUGUGUGGUCUGUUGUAA